AUGGACGGCACCGAGAACGAGCACGGGGAUGUCGAGGUCAAGGGCUUCCCCACAAUCCUGCUCUUCCCCGCCGGCAAGGGCGCCAAGCCCAUCACCUUCGACGGCGGCGACCGCAGCCUCAAGGCCCUGACCAAGUUCCUGAAGAAGAACGCCAAGGUGAAGUUCGAGCUGCCCAAGAAGGAGAAGAAGGCCGACAAGGAGGAGGACGAGGAGAAGGACGAGCUUUAG